CUCAAAAACAGCUUUCAACUCUGUAGGAAAAGGAUGCUCUUCUGAUGUGUGCUAAAGCCUCUUUCUUUGAAUCCGUAUCCGAAGGAUUUCAUUUAAUAAUUUCGUAAUUUUGGUUCCUAGAUAGACGUGCUCCAUUGGUAAUAUUCAACAUUCUCGAUAUCGCCUAUGCUAGUACAAGUAGAACAAGAGAAGACCACUAGCACCAUUCUACUAGUAAAACACACAUAUUCAUAUACUACUUCUAGUUCUACUUUUGGAUCUCGUUGAGCAGUUUUAUCCUUAUUGGAGGUACUACAACUAGCACAAACUCAAAGAACAUUAUUAGGAUUAGGAUUACCACUAGCAAUUAUGACACUGAACGAACAAGAAUGCGAAUUUUGCUUACAAAAAACAUUAACAUUUUAACCAUAACUUACUAGUAGUAGAACUUCUGGCAUUUUCUCUGUUUGUGUUUUUACUUCAAGAACUAGUCUUUUCCACGAAGCUCCCCCUCUUGUUGUUGUUGUUGUUGAAAUAUAGAAAAUUUCACUAUUCUUAUUCAACUUGUAGUAAGUUCUACAUAGAAAUAAAAGAAAAUACAAAAAAACAUGUCGCGGUCAUCACUACUUUGUCGCAUGUAUAUUUUUGCAUUCACAAAUAACAAGAUGGCUCGAUAUAAUAACCGAUCGAGUGCAUCUUUCCUCUUCUUUGCGUUGUCGUGUUUUUUGUGGUGGACGUGGUUAGUCUCGGCAAUCAUGCAGGUUGAUGAUGACUACUUCCAAAAACGCAGAACCAUUCUGAGAGGUAUCCAUGUCCGCAAGACUCGGGCUACCGCGCUUCGCCAAUUGCUUGAUCGUAUCUAUGGAAAUGGAGGCACUUAUCGGCGUUGGUCUCGACAAGAAUUGCCGGACGAGAAUUAUUAUGGUCAGCUUCUCGGACUCGGACACGACCGGGCGCCCGCACAUCGAAACGAUCUACGACUGCAGUUACCACAAGCAGGUCCAAGAAGGAGCGAGCAGAUGCAGAGCGCACAGCAUGCCCAGGCCGUGCAAAAAGCCACUCAUAGCGACCACUUCGAUAACAGAGUAGUAGGAGUUGAGACUCCGCGUACAUCGCGUCCCACCUCUGCGCUGAGUCCUCCUCCACCGAGUCCGCCUAAGGCACCGGUGCAGCGGCAGGCGGCUUUUAUCGCUUGGACGGAGGGCAAAACCGGUAUUGGCUCAGUCCAACCGAGGGUAACCGAGCAUGCACUACAUUAAGGGUUGCAACUUCUUAGUUUCUCACUCCCUGUGCAGCACAUAUCUAGUUUGGACUUCGAUUUUUCAUCAAGUUCAAGUGCUGGGAAUAGUGGUAACAACCACAAAGUUAUUACCAGCCUUAGUCAUAGAAGAUAUGAGAAAUAGAAAUGUUUGGGCCACCUUCUUGCUGCAACCUCUAAUUCCAAGAGCGUCUUUCGUUGCUGAAGAAACAGAACACCGCGAAUACCGCUGGCCUGCGAUAUCUCGAAACAGUGGCCGAAAAUUCAACUUCGUCUCCACCGUUUGUGCGAGCAAACGGAGGGACCUGGGGCAUUGACAAUGAUGUCCUGCAGGACAGCACAACGUAUUUUUCAUCGCUGCACCAGCGGGAGCAAGUAGAUGAUCAACUUGCGACUGGUUUUAGAGUGGACGGCUACAGUAAAGAUAAGGGUCAGAGCAAGCCGGAAAAUUCUAGUGGUGUUGUGUCGCCUCAGGAGCUCCUUCCAAACAACUCCAUCGCGUCGUCCGUAGUAUCGCAGCGAGGAGGAGGUAGUGAAACCGAUUGGGAAAGACUGGCUCUAGCUUGCAGAAUGCUGUUUCUUUUGCGUUCAGCUACUGUUGCCUCUGUUUCUGAUCAGUGGACGAAGAAGGUAGAGGAACAAGGAGAAAACCGUAUGAUCAACAGCAACUGCAACAAGAGCAACAGGAAUAACCUUCUUCAAAAGGGCCACGAUCGCGUCGGCAAAAAGGAAGAUCAUGAGCUGCUGCAACAAGGAACAACAGCCCAGAAUGAGACGAAUCAAGUUGCCCAGCUUCACGACCGUCACAAUGUUGGUAAUGCUUCAUUUGUUCCUCCAAAACGCUCAUUUGUUUUUGUUCCGCUUCAGCAGGAGAGAAAAUAUAUAUAAUGAUACUUUUUAGUGCAGGGGUUAGUUUACCAAACGAACUACAUCUACAAUCUAGUAGUCCUUUCAUCAUUAUAAUCAUACUAAAAAUACAGCCGUUGCUACUCACGCGGCCCACGACCCCGGCUGGCCUUUGAGCGACUCAGAGGAGCUGCGAUUAAGCAUACCACUAGCUGCUGUGGCAGCCGCUAAGGCAGAGGAAGUAUGCUACGUUCAUGAAACCAACUGUGAACACAGUAUAUAUGACUCGCCUUGUCCACUACACGCUCGUCGCGCGAUACCUGCUACCUCCACUGGCCCUCCUGGCCUCUGCGCUUUGAAGGUGUCCCAUUUUAAGACACCAUUGAUGAAGAUAGUUAAAUUUCUUUUCAUCGCUGUAACAGUAUCCUCACAAGCUCUAGCAUACUCAAACCCAAGUACUUAGAAUGUAGUGUUCUUGCCAAUGACGUCUGAUUUUUGCGAAGUUAUCUAAAAUUUUCCUCAGAAUUAUAAAGACGGCUCGAGCUCGUCACCUUUCACAUAAAUUCACGCUUCACCCUCACCAUCUGCACAUGCGCGCAUGACAUGCAGCGAAAGGAGAGUACUGAUGUAGUAGCAGAAGCCAUCGAAUCAUGAUGCUUUUUCUUACGCUCUAAUAAACGCGCCGAUGAAGAGGCUGAAAGUGUAUGGGCUAGGUAUACUCCGACUGCUAUUCACCAACAGUGCCUACCCACCGCGAUCGAACAGCUACACAAGCACUAUCAAGAAGCGUCUCACCACUGGAUUUCCCACAGGGGCGGUCCAGAUGAGCAUCCUGAUCCUUUUGGGGUUCCUCAACCGCAUGAUCAACACGAUACACUUCCGCAAGGCAAGAGGACCGUUGCGCAAACAGAUUCCUUCUAUCCCCCUCGUACAAUAUGGCCGUGUUCUGAGGAGCUCACGCGGGGUCGGAGGGGAUGUGAUAUGGUGGUCCCCCAACCGUGUGCAAGGAGGAGGAGGAGGAGAAGGCAAGAACCCGGUGCAACGACAGCAGCAGCACCAAGUAGUCUUAUGGCAGAUCAUCAUUAGCAAGUUGUUGAAUCUGCAACCCCUUUAGCGGGGCGUGUGCGUUUCAACUAAAUGGGAUGCCGCUACGACCGAUAGUACCGAUACAAUUUGUAAAAGAUUGAUAUGCAUUUCCAACGAUAUUUACAUUGAUAGAUAAAUUUCUUCGCGCCCACAUGUAAUAGUAGCAGAUCACCGCUUGAUUCAGAACAGGAGGCCCGAAGCUCGUCAAAUGAUGCUGAUGCAGAUGCUACAAAAUUCCUAGUUGCGACAUCUUCACAGACCCAACCUGCAACCUGUGGUCCUCUCUAACGAUUUCAUUGAGACAUCGUAUCCCGUAACAUGUUAAUGUUUGCAAACCUCUCGAAGUCAUCAAAAAUAACAGUUCCAACAGUGUACUAUAGUUGUACAUCAUAUGUAUAUUAUACCGAAUAUAUUAUAGAAUAUAGUGCUAAACUAACUUGAAGCCGGGCGAAGCUUGUGGAGGCUAGUAUAUACUACUCUCUAAUCAACAACAAUGUGCUGAUCAUGAUGGGGAGAAACCUACGACGAAUGAGGAUUGCUGCGAUGAUAUGCGUCUUGGCGAAGACGCAGCUUCUUACUUGGAGGGUUUGCCUCAGGUUGAGCAUAAACAGAGAAUGGUCUCGAGCAUAAUAAACAGGAAGGGGAAGGAAAAGAAACUGAGACGUCCUUAA